UUCCACGCUUAUUUCAGCACAAAAACCAUGCAGCCACUCCAUUUUCCAUACAUGGAGUACAGCAGAAAAUUAACUUUCUUUGCCCUUGUGCUGCUGAUCUCCUUGGCCUCUCCCAUCAGUUCUUGCACAGAGAAAGAGAAGGGGUCCCUCCUGCAGUUCCUCAGUGGUCUGUCGUCGGACGGUGGCCUCACCGCGUCCUGGAAGCAGAACGGCGCAGACUGCUGCGAAUGGGAAGGGGUCACCUGUGGCGAGGAUGGGGCAGUCACAGGUGUCUCAUUGGCUUUGAAGGGCCUUGAGGGGCGCAUAACACCGUCCCUCGGUAACCUUGUUGGCCUUCUGCGCCUCAACCUGUCCCACAAUUCGCUGUCGGGUGGCCUGCCACUGGAACUGGUGUCGUCCGGUAGCAUCAUCGUCCUUGAUGUCAGCUUCAACCGCCUCGGAGGAGACAUGCAAGAGCUGCCAUCUUCAACCCCAUCACGACCUCUUCAGGUACUGAACAUCUCAAGCAACUUGUUCACAGGACGGUUUCCAUCAUCCACCACCUGGGAGGUGAUGGACAAUCUGGUUGUGCUCAACGCCAGCAAUAACAGCUUCACUGGGCAAAUACCGGAUAAUUUCUGCAGCAGCUCGUCAUUGUUAGCUGUAGUUGAGCUCUGUUACAACCAAUUUACAGGCGUCAUCCCUCCUGGACUUGGUAACUGCUCCAUGCUCAGAGUGCUCAAGGCUGGACACAACAACCUCCGCGGGACUCUCCCAAAUGAACUCUUUGAUGCUUCCUUACUGGAAUACCUCUCACUUCCUAGCAAUGUUCUGGAUGGAGUGCUCGACGGUGCUCAGAUAAUCAAGCUCAGCAAUCUGGUUACGCUAGACCUUGGAAGGAAUAAUUUCAGCGGCAAGAUUCCGGAUUCCAUAGGUGAGCUCGAGAGCCUAGAAGAGUUGCAUUUGGACUACAACAACAUGUCAGGGGAGCUGCCGUCAGCCCUGAGUAACUGCACAAAUCUGAUAACAAUUAACUUCAAGAGCAACAACCUCAGUGGAGAACUUAGCAAGGUCAACUUCUCCACCCUGCCUAGGCUGAAAACUCUAGAUAUUCUGUACAACAACUUUAAUGGCAGAGUUCCAGAAAGUUUGUAUACCUGCAGCAAUCUGACUGCAUUGCGGCUAUCUGGCAACAACUUACAUGGGCAGCUCUCACCAAGAAUAGGUGAUCUGAAGCACCUCACCUUCCUUUCACUUGCUAUGAACUCUUUCACAAACAUCACAAAUGCGCUUCACAUUCUUCAGAGGUGCACCAACCUUACCACCCUACUUAUGGGAAGCAGCUUCAGGGGCGAAUUAAUGCCAGAGGAUGGCUUCAUUGAUGGUUUUGAGAAUCUCCAGGUUCUUUCCUUAAAUGAUUGCUCGUUGCUAGGUAAAAUACCUCUUUGGAUAUCCAAGCUAGCAAAACUAGAGAUGUUGAUACUAUCAGGAAAUCAACUCACCGGAUCAACACCAGCCUGGAUCGAAGGCCUAAAGCACCUCUUCUAUCUAGACAUAUCAAACAACAGCCUCACUGGAGAAAUUCCAAGAAGCCUGAUGGAUAUGCAAAUGUUGCAGUCAGAGAAGACUAAAGCCCGUUUAGACCCAAGGAUCUUCGAACUACCAGUUUAUAGGGGUCCAUCACUUCAGUACCGCAUACCCAUUGCUUUCGCCAAAGUGCUGGAUCUAAGCAACAAUAAAUUAACUGGUGAGAUCCCUUCGGAGAUCGGCCAGCUGAAAUCCCUUGUUUCCCUCAAUUUGAGCUUCAAUGCCCUAACAGGACAGAUCCCAAUAUCUGUAUGCAAUCUCACAAACCUGCAGGUACUAGACUUCUCUAGCAACAAUCUCAUUGGUGCAAUCCCAGAUGCAUUGAACAGACUGAACUUCCUUUCAGCAUUCAACAUUUCUUACAAUGACCUAGAAGGUCCUAUCCCAUCCGGAGGUCAGUUUAACACAUUCCAAAAUUCUAGCUUCGAUGGGAAUCCAAAGCUCUGUGGCUCUAUGCUCACUCACAAAUGUGGUCCAGCUUCAACACGUCCACCCACCGCUAUGGCAACCAAACAAACUGACUACAAGGCCGCCUUCGCGAUUGCCUUCAGCGCGUUCUUUGGUGUAGGGGUGUUGUAUGAUCAGCUAGUAUUAUCAAGGUUUUUUGGCUAGGACCAUCCAGUUUCCAUAUCAGUAUAUCUCUACUUCUUUGAGAUUAGGCUGCUAUCCGGUUCAGCAAAAUGUCCAUCGAUCAAGCUUCCAGAAGGUUCGAGUCAUAACUAAAGUUACAAAAGUAUUCUAGUGUGAAGCGUGAUUCCAUCUCGUGGAGAUUCACAAGUAUAUAACAAUGUAAGAUUGUUGGCUGAAGCUUUCUGUACUAGUAACCCAUCCCAUAUUGUUGAUGUUCCCUGUAUUUCCUUCUUCUUUCAGGAAAACGAAUUCUGUACUGAAACUUCAAUU